UCUCUUCCACACUGACUCUGUAGUCGUCGUCGUCGUCUACACUGUACACACAACAACCACAAAAAGCCUUCGCAUUCAUCUCUCCUUCACGCAUGCGAUGAUGCAAUGAAAAAUUGUGGUUUGGGGUUCGGUCGAAAUUACUCUGCGCAAAAAAAAACCUUAAUUCAUGGCAACUUCUCUGAAUUUGCCCGAGCUUCUUUUACUAUCUCCACAAAAAACUCCCAAACACCGGCUUUUUCUCUCUAAAACUUCCCUUUCUAGAGGCCUUAGGCGCAGUCUCGAUGUUCGGACUCGUAUUAGGGCCGUGAGUAAGGAAGGUGCGCUGGUCGAAGACAGAGAGAGGCAGUUGAUCAAGGAAUUGGAAAAUGGAAAUGGAGCUGCUAGUGCUGUUACUGGUGAUUCUAGGUACGGUGUGUCGGUUGAGAGGUCCUCGAAUGGCAGUGUGGGUGUGUCUGCGCCAGGGAAUGGGAGCUUGGUGAAGUAUGUGAACGGGAAUGGAGUGACCGCGGGGGAGUUGGAGGAGGUUGAAGACCCGGCGUCGAAGGAGGAAGGGAGGAAGAGAAGGAUAGAGGAGAUUGGUAAAGAAGAUGCGUGGUUCAAGCGAACCGGGCAUGAAUCCAUUGAGGUUUCUGUUGCGCCUGGUGGCCGCUGGAGUAGAUUUAAAACCUACUCAACAAUACAGAGGACCUUGGAAAUAUGGCGAUUCGUACUAACAUUUAUCUUUAAGGCUUGGCUGAACAAUCAAAAGUUUUCUUAUCGAGGAGGAAUGACAGAAAAGAAGAAAGCUUCAAGGCGGAAGGCUCUUGCCAAGUGGCUUAAAGAAAGUAUUUUGAGAUUAGGUCCUACAUUCAUCAAAAUUGGCCAGCAGUUCUCGACGAGGGUGGACAUUCUUGCGCAAGAAUAUGUUGAUCAGUUGUCAGAACUUCAGGACCAAGUUCCACCCUUUCCUUCGAAGACAGCUUUGUCUAUAGUUGAAGAACAACUUGGAGCUCCUUUGAAUGACAUUUUUGAUCGUUUUGACUAUGAACCAAUAGCUGCUGCUAGUCUUGGUCAGGUUCAUCGUGCAAGAUUGAAGGGAGAGGAAGUUGUUGUUAAAGUACAAAGGCCUGGUCUCAAGGAUCUUUUUGACAUUGACCUUAAAAACCUGAGGGUAAUCGCAGAAUAUCUCCAAAAGGUUGACCCAAAGUCAGAUGGCGCAAAGAGGGAUUGGGUUGCUAUCUAUGAUGAGUGUGCUAGUGUCCUAUAUCAGGAGAUUGAUUACACCAAGGAAGCUGCAAAUGCAGAACUAUUCGCAAGUAACUUCAAAAAUAUGGAUUAUGUGAAAGUUCCAUCAAUAUUUUGGGAGUAUACGACACCACAGGUUUUGACAAUGGAGUAUGUCCCAGGGAUCAAGAUAAACAAGAUACAAGCUUUGGAUCAGCUGGGUGUUGAUCGCCAAAGGUUGGGUCGCUAUGCUGUCGAAUCAUACCUGGAACAAAUUCUGUCUCAUGGUUUUUUCCAUGCUGAUCCUCAUCCCGGAAACAUUGCAGUUGAUGAUGUCAAUGGUGGAAGGUUGAUUUUUUAUGAUUUUGGAAUGAUGGGAAGUAUCAGUAAAAAUAUCAGAGAAGGUUUGCUCGAAACAUUCUACGGUGUUUAUGAAAAAAAUCCAGAUAAGGUCCUUCAGGCAAUGAUUCAAAUGGGAGUUCUUGUGCCAACUGGAGAUAUGACUGCUGUCAGACGAACAGCACAGUUCUUCCUCAACAGUUUUGAAGAGCGGCUUGCUGCACAAAGAAAAGAAAGAGAGCUAGCAACAAUAGAGCCUGGGUUUAAAAAGCCAUUGAGCAAGGAGGAAAGAGUAAUGAAAAAGAAACAAAGGCUGGCUGCAAUUGGGGAAGAUUUGCUAGCCAUUGCAGCAGAUCAGCCUUUUCGAUUUCCUGCCACAUUCACAUUUGUUGUUAGAGCAUUUUCAGUUUUGGAUGGCAUUGGGAAGGGCCUUGACCCUCGAUUUGAUAUUACCGAGAUUGCCAAGCCCUAUGCACUGGAGUUGUUAAAGUUUAAGGAAGCUGGAGUUGAAGUUAUCCUGAAGGACGUCAGAAAUAGAUGGGAUAGACAAUCCCGUGCAUUCUACAACUUAUUCAGACAGGCCGACAGAGUUGAAAAGCUUGCAGAAAUUAUCCAACGAUUGGAGCAAGGUGAUCUGAAACUUCGAGUUCGAACAUUGGAGUCUGAGCGGGCAUUCCAGCGAGUUGCAGCUGUUCAGAGGACAGUAGGGAAUGCAGUAGCAGCUGGGAGCCUGAUAAACCUUGCAACAAUUUUGUAUUUUAACUCCAUAAGAGUGCCUGCAACUAUAGCAUAUGCCUUCUGUGCACUUUUUGGCUUUCAAGUUCUAUUUGGUAUUAUAAAGGUCAAAAAACUAGACGAACAGGAAAGGUUGGUGACAGGAACUGCUUAGGCAACUGAUGUAGAGUGGAGACCCAGCUCAUAUAAAGUUUCUGAUUACCCAAGUCAGCUGUUCAAUCGACAGAAGAACACACGCUUAGAGGAGCAUAUCAUGAAGGUUUCUUUUACCAUCAGUACGAGCUAGAACUUCCGACUUCUUGAUUUAUGUUAAAAUAGGAAAAACCUAAGGCUGAACAUUUGCGCUUUAUUCUUCAAAUGCUUACUUCUAGGGAGAUUCUUAAUUGUAAUUAGGUCAGCUAAAGCUGAUGGCCAUAAAUGACAGCUUUCAGUCCCAAUGAGUUAAAUUUGUAACAAUUUCAAUGGUAGAUGUUGGCAUUGUAGCCCCCCAUCAUAUGUUACAGGAUGGAUAUCUACUGACUACUAGUGUUAUCUAAUUUUGUAAGAUAAGAAAAUGAUUCAAUAAAAUUUGCGCCCCCAUUUUUGUUGA